AUGGAUGCUGCUUUGUUAUUUCCUGAAACCCACACGAUUGCUCCCUCUCUGCAAUCUGAAAAAGUUACCAAAAUCACUCCAAAUGUUGUCAAACCAAAAUCUUUUGCUUCGGUGGUGUCAAACAAUGUCUGUGACAUUCCUCUAAGCCAACUCCCCAUCCCAUGUCUUAAAGGUGAUAGACUGGCCAUAACCAUACCUGAAGAGGAAUAUGCUCUUGGUGUGGAAGCAUGUAAGCAUCAUUUGCACGGCCGAGUGGUUUGGUCGAAGGGCUCCCAACCGCUCACGGUGGUUAAUUUGAAAAGUAAAUUGUUGGAGUUGUGGCCGUCCAUUGGGCAAUGGGGUGUUACCUCUCUCGGCAAAGGCUUUUUCGAAUUUGCUUUUUCCUCGCUUGAAGAUGUUCAGCGUGUCCGCUCUGUGAAUGCCUGGUCCCUUCCUAAUGGUUUGCUUAAACUCUUCCCAUGGACUAAGGAUUUUGUCCCUUCUACGCUGAAGCAAACUUCGGCUCAGGUUUGGAUUAGGAUUCAUGGUCUUUCUCAGGAGUAUUGGCGGCCCAGAAUUCUUUUUGCUAUUGCUAGCAGUAUAGGAACUCCGAUUUGUAUUGAUUCGGCAACAAAUAAAUCUGCUUUUGAAAGACCAUUCGGUCAUUUUGUUAGAAUCUUGGUUGAUUUGGAUCUCACCAAAGAUCUAAGUUAUAAAAUCCUUGUUGAAAGGGUUGGCUUUGCGUUUUUUGUUGACAUUGAAUACGAGAAAAUCCCUGAGUUUUGCUCCUUUUGCAAUUGCAUAGGGCACUCUAUUGUUAAUUGCAAGAAAAAAGAACAAGCUAGUGAUAAGGGAAUGCUUCAGGCGGGAUCUAAUGACAGAAAUGGAUAUAAACCAACGGGCAGAAUAUUCACAACUGGAGAGAGUUCCAAAAUCAACAAUGAUGCCCAUACUGGGAAUGUGGAAGUUGCUGAGCCGAUUGUAAGCUUGGAAGAUCCUAUUCCCCCUGCACCUGUUCAGGACAACAUUGUUGUGGUUUCUGAUAACAGUAUUGACACAAGCUCCAUUAUUAUGGUUCCUGUGCUCACUCCUAUACCUUUAGGAACUGAUGUAAUUUCAACUGGUGAUUUUGUGGAUGCUACUCAAAUGAUUGAGGAAGUUCCAGAGACACAACUUGAUGAUAGGUUUAAAGCUAAGGUCACUAAUUUUCUGAGGGAAUCUUGGGACAACAUGGCUGAUCAGGAGGACACAGGUGUGGAUCUGUUUCAACAAAAAGAUUUUCAGCUGGUCACUAACAAGAAAAAGAAGAACAAGAAAUCUACUGCUGUUUCUACCACCAGGAAAUUUUCUGGUUCCAAACAUCUUUCUUUAUGA